UGGUGUUUCUUGUGACGGUUUUCCAGAAAUCCCGUCAAAAUCCUAUCAUCUGACUAGGGUCCGGAACGGAAAAAAGUACUAAAUUACUCAUAAAAUGACAUGCUGCAUCCGAAUUUCGACUUAGUUCAGAGUCAAUAUGUAUUAGUAACUGAGGAUUUUGACGGGAUUUCUGGAAAACCGUCACAAGAAACACCAUCUGGCCAAAGUCAAUACCUUGUGCCUUUUAUAGCACUAGUUGAGUAGUGUGUGGACUAACAAGAUCUCGAAGAACCAACGGGUAGUUUUCGAGGGAGGAGACCGGAAAGGGCCAAAGUAGGUCUCACGGCUACGCUUACCAUAAAGAAGUAAAAAGUGCUAGAGACUUCAUUGUUGCAUCAUAUGAACAAACUUGGAAGCCGUUUUCAUUUGAAUAUAAAUAAAGUUAUGCUUUGUUGCGUUUUGAGCUCGUCCAGCGUGCUGUAAAACGAGUGAUACCUGCUAAUGCAGUUAAGGUCCUCCAGUCAAAAAUUCUUUCCUAAUGUCAGAAGAGAAAAUCUCAUUUGCGGAUAGAAAUAUGCAACUUUGUAUGCUCUUUCCAGCUAGUAAUAUGAGAACGCUUGAUAGGACCAGAUAAGGUCAGAUUUCGCUGUUCUGGCACCCCUAAAAACGCUUCAAUUCAGAACUUAUGGCUGAGGAAAAACCGUAUUCGGAAUAAUUUUUCCUUGGGCUGACAGUGCGCUUUACAUACCUUUAGUAGGACUAUCGAUUGCAUAUAGUCAAACCUUCCCGGCUUUUAGCUCAUGUAAUACUGGGCGGCCCUGUGCGGAAGUACCCCCGAUCAAACCUCCUUGCAAACGUUCGCUUUCUUUAAAUAUAUCAGGAAUUUUUAGCUUUUCUUGAAAACAUCUAAUCUUCCUAUUUUUACAGGAAAAGUAGAGAAAACAUCUCUGUCUAUAGUACAAGCUUGAAGUCUUAUACUUUCUGUUUUUUCUCCUUUAACUUUUCAUUAGUUUUGGGGCUAACCUUAUUAAAACUACAACUAAAUUUUCAUUAUUCAGAUGAACAAAAAUCCCAAAAUCUUCAAGAGCACCACCAACAACAACAAAGUUCAAAACCUACAACCAUAAGAGCAACGACAAUAUCACCAACAACCGUUAGUAUUACAACAUCAAAUGAGGAAGGCGAACAUAUUGUUUACAUACCCGUUUUACCACCAGAUGAACCAGAUUCAGACUUGGAAAGUAGAAUAUCAAACUACCUUCAAAAUGCUAACGAUAUUAAGUGCAAACGGAUUGAAUGUAUAACAGAAAUUGGCAUUGGUGUUAUUUAUUUGGAACAUUCAAAAGAUAAAAUAAAACUAACAGAGAAGGUUAAACUAAUUGUUUUACCAACAACAGUAUCAUCAUCGUCAGCAACGAUUAACUUCGUCAAAGAAAUAGAAUUAAUAUCCUACCGUGUUGUUGAUGGUCCAAAACAAGAAGAGCAAGAAAAACAAGAUUUACCAACAGUGGAUGAAAUAUGGCAACGUUGGUCAGAAAUAUCAAAAUCAAACCGGUCAUCCCAAUGUGAAAUGGUUUCAAUGCAAUAUCCAAAUAUUUUCAAAGUCAAAUCAUAUUCAGUUGAUGAUCUACUAAAAACACUACACCAUGGUGGACUUAUUAUUAAUGAUUUACGUGUUCGAAUAUGUGCUCAUGCCGAUUGUUCCUAUUUUGAAACUUUACCUACGAAAUCCAUUCCACCACAAUUUAAAAAAAUUGACUUAUUAUUAUUUUCAUUUAUUAUAACGCAAUUGGAAAUGUCGGAACAAGAAGUACAAAGGCAAGCAGAGCAAUGUAUACAACAAGCCGAACAAUUGUAUCAACAACUAAUAUCAUCGAAUAAAGCAAAUAGAACAACAAUAGAUGUUUUAUCAACAGAGACUGCUCGAUUUAAAAAAUUAUUUUAUAUAGAUUUUAAUAAAGAAUCAUCAACUGUGCUAGUUUAUGAAAACCUGGUUAAUCAGGGCUGUAAGCCAUUGUUAUUGAAUAUGGCUAAUGCCACAAGUCCUGGCGGUGGUUAUAGAAAAGGUGAUGGAGCACAAGAAGAAAAUUUGUCAAAGCCGUUUCUAUCAUGCAAUGAUUAUUAUCUUAGUCUAGAUUAUGCAUGGGAUACAACAACAAGUGCAAUUACAGCAAAUCAAUCAGCACGUUUUAAACAUUCGUCAAAUUGUUAUUUAGACAAAAUGUCAGAAAAACAAUCAAUGUAUCCAAUGGAUGAAUUUGGAUGUAUUUAUACGUCUGGUAUAACAUUUUUCCGUGACUCAGAAGAUAAAGGGUAUUCCUAUUUAUCAACACCAUUAAAUGAUGUCAAAGCCAUAGCAAUAGCCGCAUACCGUGAUCCGCCAUUACAAAACAAUAAGCGAUUGGAAAUAAAAAAAGCAUGUGGUACGCGUAAAAAAAUUGAAAAUUUAUUUGCCAUCGCUCAUAUUCAAGGCCAUGAUUCGUUGGUAUUAUCAGCAAUGGGUUGUGGCGCAUUUAAAAAUCCACCCCAACAUAUUGCUCUUUUAUUUAAAUCUGUUAUCGAUCAAUAUGCUGGAUUUUUUAAACAGAUUAUAUUUGCUAUUGUUGAUGGUCAUAACACAGGAAAACAGAUAAAUCCCGAUGGUAAUUUCCUGCCAUUUAAAGACGCUUUAGACGGUUUACAGUUUAAAAAAUGUACUGAACCAUCGGUUGGCAUGAUGAUUGGUCCAUAUCGAAUUGUUGGUAAAAAAAUGAAUAAUGAUAAUUUAAUGCUCAGUGCCUUUGUGAUUGGUGACAAAUCUCCUUGUUAUCAUGCAGCUAAUUGUAAAGAUAUAAAUGAUCAGAAACAUUGUCGACAAUUUUCACAUCCACCCUUAUGUCCUUAUGGCACUGAAUGUCAUCCCUUGGAUUAUGAUGAUGUACAUACACAAUUUUUUUUCCAUCUACACGAAUGUUCAGCUGGUGGUGAAUGUACCGAAACCGAUCAAAAGCAUCUUCAAGAUUAUGUACAUCCCGAUUAUUGUCACGAGGGUGGUCGCUGUACUAAUAUGAAAAAAAACCAUUUAAGAGCGCAUCGACAUUUGCCGUUAUGUCCGACUGGUUUAAUGUGUAAAGAGUAUUUAAGAGGAGUCGUUGAGCAUCGUCAAAAAUAUCGUCAUUGUAAAUUAAGUUGUGAAUAUGGUAAUAAUUUUCAUAAUUUUCAUAAUCCGCAACAUUUUCAACAUGAAGUGCAUCCAUUCAAUCAACCAUGUUCUCUGACACCAUUUUCAUGUAAACAAUUUAUUAAAUAUAGACAAGAAGAAGCACGUAUUACUGAUAAAGAUGAAAAGAACCGAUUAGAAGAGCAUUGUUUACUAUCUUCCCAUGUUUGUCCGUGGGGAUGA